UGUGUGUUGUGUACAUGUGCGCGCGCGUGUAUUCCCCCGUACGAAUUUAUUUUGGCAAUGUCGUGCUUACGUCUCUCUAUCUCAUUCCCUUCCCCAGUUUUUUCCUCUUUCGUUUCUAUUUAUCUAUCUCUCGUCAUCGUUUGUCGCCGCGUGUGCGUGAGAGCGCGUGUGCGUGCGUGUGUGUGCCUGCGUACGUGUGUUUGGGCAUCAAGAGAAAAGACAUCCGCUGCCAGCUGAUGAUCCACCACGUCGUAUUCGCCUUCGAUCUGUCUUUCACCUCGUGCUACAACGGCAUGCGGCUCGAGACAUGCGACCACGUCGGGACCAUGUCGAAAAUAUCCACGAGCGUCGUCACACCUGAGCCCGGCAAUGUCCGGAGGAUGGCGUGGUGUCGGCCGCGACGCAAGAUGCCAAGUAAGGUGUCAAAAUGGGUUGUUUCGGGAGCAAAGACAAGUUGAGCAAGGAGGACAUGGACUUCCUCAAGUCGCACACGCGAUACGACGAGGCCACCAUAAAGGAAUGGUACAAAGGCUUUAAACAAGACUGUCCUAACGGCAGGUUAACACCGGCUAAGUUCGUCGACAUGUAUAAAAUGUUCUUCCCGUCCGGCAACGCGGAGGAAUUCUGCGACCACGUUUUCCGCACAUUCGACAUGGACAAAAACGGCUACAUCGAUUUUAAGGAAUUCCUGCUGGCGAUCGACGUAACGUCUAGCGGCACGCCGGAGGAGAAGCUGAAAUGGGCGUUCCGUAUGUACGACGUUGACGGUAACGGCGUUAUCGAUAUGCAAGAAAUGACGAAGAUCGUCCAGGCGAUAUACGACAUGCUUGGCGCGUGUUCGAGCAACAGGCCGGCGGACAGCGCGGAGGAGAGGGCGAAGAAUAUAUUCGCGAAGAUGGACGAGAACAACGACGGGCAGCUGACGCAGGACGAAUUCCUGAAGGGCUGCCUUCAGGACGAGGAGCUGUCGAAGAUGCUCGCUCCUUAAUCCCGACGCCGCGUAUCCGCACGAGCCGUCGACGCGCGAACAUGAAAAGAAUAAAACAGUAAAAAAGACACCACACGCUCUCACGACUCUCAGAAAAGCAUUCCGGAAACGGAACCAUCAAACAACGCCAGCAACGACGAGCCACCACUUGAAAUUGACGCCCGCACGUACACACACACACACACACGCGCACACAAAUCUCUCUCUCUCUCACAUACACACACCAUUGCCCACAUUUACACACGUACACGAUAAUUUUCUAUUACUACGAGACGAAUACGUUAUCAUUGUGGCGGCUCGAUAACGAGCCCAUCGCUCGUACCGGAUGACGAAGUACGAGCGGUGAUAAAUGGACGAGAAGGAGGAAGCCGAUAUCGAAGAUGAUCGAAAAUGACGAAUGAUGAACGAUGAACAAAGAGAGAGAGAGAGAGAGAGAGAGA